AUGAAGACUUCUGGCUUAAAAGCAUCUUUGCUCUUAAUAGCCAUUCUCGUUUUCACAGAUUGUUUGAAUGUGGAAGGCCAGGUUUGUCACCCAAGUGGCAAGAUCAGGGGUAAGAAGCCCCCUCCUGGAGAAUGCAACCAAGGCAAUGACUCUGAUUGCUGUAAAGAAGGCAAGCUUUACACAACAUACAAGUGUUCUCCAACAGUAUCUAGUCAUUCCAAGGCCUAUCUCACUCUUAACGGCUUUGAAAAAGAUGAAGAUGGUGGUGCUCCAUCUGAAUGUGACAACCAUUACCACUCUGAUGACACCCCGGUUGUGGCACUGUCAACUGGAUGGUAUAACAAAGGUAGCAGGUGCUUAAACAACAUCACUAUAACUGCUAAUGGGAGGAGUGUGGCGGCCAUGGUAGUUGAUGAGUGUGACUCAACCAUGGGAUGUGAUAGCGACCAUGAUUAUCAGCCUCCAUGUGCCAACAACAUUGUUGAUGCCUCAAGAGCAGUGUGGAAAGCCUUGGGGGUGCCUCAAGAUCAAUGGGGAGGGCUAGAUAUCACUUGGACCGAUGUUUGUCACCCAAGUGGCAAGAUCAGGGGUAAGAAGCCCCCUCCUGGAGAAUGCAACCAAGGCAAUGACUCUGAUUGCUGUAAAGAAGGCAAGCUUUACACAACAUACAAGUGUUCUCCAACAGUAUCUAGUCAUUCCAAGGCAUAUCUCACUCUUAACGGCUUUGAAAAAGAUGAAGAUGGUGGUGCUCCAUCUGAAUGUGACAACCAUUACCACUCUGAUGACACCCCGGUUGUGGCACUGUCAACUGGAUGGUAUAACAAAGGUAGCAGGUGCUUAAACAACAUCACUAUAACUGCUAAUGGGAGGAGUGUCGUGGCCAUGGUAGUUGAUGAGUGUGACUCAACCAUGGGAUGUGAUAGCGACCAUGAUUAUCAGCCUCCAUGUGCCAACAACAUUGUCGAUGCCUCAAGAGCUGUGUGGAAAGCCUUGGGGGUGCCUCAAGAUCAAUGGGGAGGGCUAGAUAUCACUUGGACCGAUGCCUAAUUUCAUGCAGUUAUUUAUGUUUCAGAUGUUUUCUGUGUUACUGCCUUUGUUCCUAUUUCCUACCAUGUA